AUGGCGGACGUCGGGGUGACGGGGGUGGUGGCCAAGCUGGGUGAGCUGGCGGCGGAGGAGGCAACGGCGCUGCUGCGCGUGGACGCCGAGAUCCGGGCGCUGCGCCGGCGGAAGCUGGCCUACCUGCAGGCGCUCGUCCGCGGGGCCGACCGCCAGCGCCGCGGCCGCGCAAGCGAGCUGCUCCUUCUCUGGCUGCGCGAGACCAGGGAGGUCGCCUUCGAGGUCGAGGACGCUGUCGAUGAGUUUCACCUCCGCGUCGAGGCCUGCCGCCUCGGGGCCCGGUGGCGCCGGCGCCGCAGAUGGUGGUGGGGAUGGCACUGCGACGCCGUCAGCCUCGUCCAUGCCCUCGCCACGCAGAUUUUUGUACGUCAUGGGCUGUCAAAUCAAAUAUCUAAGAUCAAUGAAAGGAUUGAUGAACUUAACCAGAACAAGGAAACAUAUCAAAUUGAAAGUUCUCCUUCUGAAAUUUGGAGUUCAUCAUCAGUUCAAGUGGAUCCUGAGUGGUAUGAGGAUAGAUAUGUUAUAAGCUCUAGAGAAAGUGAAUUUGCUAUCCUUAAGGACCUAAUCAUCAACAAAGAGGGAGAUUUUUCUCACCGGGCUGUCAUCUCAAUUUUGGGGGAGCGUGUCAUUGGAAAGACUACACUUGCAAAAAAGCUGUACAAUGACCCAGAUAUCAUAAAACACUUUGAGGUCCAUGCAUGGGUAUGUCUUCCACCACAUAUCAGGUUCAGGGACUACGUUGAGAUUAUGUACAUGCAGGUCAGCUCACAGGUUCCAGAAGCUCCUGAGAAAAAUGAUAGUACAACAUUCGCACCUGGUAAUGAAGAAACCACCGAUAUGGAAUUCAAACUUCGGCAGAACCUUGAGAACAGGAGGUACCUAGUUGUUCUUGAUGGAAUAUUACGAUCAAAGUUGAUUCCCAUGGAGUGGGAUGUCAUAUUUGAACAACUCGAGUCCAAUGGCCAGCCAAAACCGGUUAGAAGCAUAUGGUCUUUGGCUUUUGAUGACUUGCCACACUACGUUAAGUCAUGUUUCCUAUACUUUGCAUCUGUUUCAGAAAAUGUCAUUCUUUACACAGAUCGUUUGGUGCGUCUGUGGAUUGCUGAAGGUUUUGUUAUGCCAAAGAAGGCAGAAACACUGGAGGAUGUUGGUUUUGACUAUCUAAAAGAAAUAAAGAAUUGGUCUCAAGAGGUGCGGCGCCUUGCCAUACAAAACUAUGUUGAUGCAUAUGUGCACAUACCUAAUGUGUUCCCCAAGCUGCGUUCUCUUCUCUGUGAUUUUGCAGAAGACCAACACAGUAGCUCAAUCUCUGGAGAGCUGCAACCUCAUUCAUUAUGGGGCAAUCUUGCAGAGUUGUGCUCAAGAGCCUGUGGCAUUUCAGAGAAUGUUGGCUCAAACACAUUGCACGGACUCCACUUCUUACAGGGCUCCCGAUUCCUACGAGUUGUUGACCUAAACGUCUUAAGACGCAAAAGCUGCCAGAUGAGAUCGGCAGCAUAA